AUGGCGGAGAAUGAUAGAGUUAACGAUAGAAUAUCUGGUGUAGAGUGUAUACGAGUGAAAAGAAGGCGAGAUGAAGAUUCUGUAAAGGCAUUAUUGCUAGAGGAGGAGAGAAAUGCAAAGAAGGGGAAGUUCGUCUUCAAGCUUUCCAAGACUGUCGAGCUUGAGAGCCGCAGUGAUGAUUCGAAAAGUCCACUAUUGAAGUUGAGCGGUACUAGAAGUGAUAAGAAAAUGGUCUAUGUGUUAGAAAGGGGACAAGAAAGGGAUCAAGAAGGGGAUUCAGGCUCGAAUCAACAAGCAGAUCAACAGGAGUUACCAGAGAGUAUUGCCGAAAUGUUAAACGAUUACUUGAAGAUAAAACCUAGUCCCAGCUCACAACAACCGGCAAAGAAACGUAAGGCUAGUAGAAAACAUUCUGUUACGUCCUCAUCUAUAACAGAGCCAACUCUACCGACUUCAGACUAUGUCUACGAUGUGUACGUCAAAGAGUCCAUACCAGAGGACGAAGAUGAAUUCGUAUUUGAUGGGAGCACUAUCGGGUACAUCAGAAUUGUGGAGCACAGCGGAGAUCUCAUUCCGGAAGAAGAUGAAGAUCCUGAAAAGACAAUGCUAACUGAUGACGAGGAUUCAAAUGAAGAAGACUAUUACCAAAACGACUACCCGGAAGAUGAAGAUGAUGAUCGAUCCAUCGUGAUUGGAAGCGACGAAGAUUUCUCCAACUCGGAGGAUGUGGUGUACUUGGACCAAGUGGACGUGGAUGGGUACCAAGAUGGCGUGCCGGACGACGAACAACAGGACGACGAGUUUGAGUCAUUAUUCCAAACAUAUGGCAACUCAUCCAACCUUUUGAGCUCGCUUAACGCCCACAACUAUGUCGACCUAGACUACGAUGAUGAUGAUGUCGACGACAACGUACCGGACGGUUACGAUUACGAUGGUGAUUACACGAAUGGUACGGCGAAUCAUGGAACGACAAAUCACAAUCACGUGACUAACCAAUCACGUGACACAGACGAUUCAGAUCUGGAGCAAAGACACAUAUUCUUUCCCUCUGACGAGCAUGACGAAACAGCAAUUCACCGCGAUCGUAUAUUCAACAAGUUACAGAAUAUGAUUGACAAGUCUUGA